AUGGCGGCCUCCAGGGAGAGUGGAGCGCAGCUGUUGGCGAGACUGGGCAGCCGACCAUCACUGACCCAGCUCGAGACGUCCCUCUUCAGCGCCGAUGCCGGUCCAAAGCCGGGAGACGCCGUAGAAUUCUACGGACCGGAGGGAACUGCCAAGACGGAGAUGCUGCUUCACCUCACGGCCCGCUGUAUCCUCCCCGCAUCCCUUGGCGGUCUGGAGGCUGGCGUGGUGUUCAUCGACACUGACUUCCAUUUCGACAUCCUCCGACUGGUCGCUAUACUAGAAGGCAGGCUAGACACCACAGACGAGGACAGGGUAAAGGAUUGUCUACGUAGGCUGUACAUCGUGAGGUGCAACAGCAGCGAACAGCUAGUCAUCACUCUGCACUCUUUAGAACACAUCCUUGCGUCCACCCCCGACGUAGCUCUGCUAAUAGUGGACAGCAUUUCGGCUUUCUACUGGCUUGACAGGAGCACAGAUGACAGCAUAUCUGGACAGGAACUAAACCAGAGACGAUGCGUCGACGUUCUGUCUAGAUACCUUACGGACUACGGAAUAGUCCUCAUCGCUACCAAGCAAGCUAUAUUUGGUCAGAAAAGUAGGAAGAGCCAACAAAAGGAAGACACCACACUGUCUCCGAAGGUGGAGAAGACAAAAGUUGAGAAUGUGGAACACUAUGAAUACAUGUGCCAUGCAUGGCAGAAUAUGAUCAAGUAUCGUUAUGUGUUCUCAAGAGCUACAAAGCAGGAAGAAUCUACAGGAGACAGUGGCAAAGAGAUGACUACUUAUAGUGCAACUAUGAUAAAGCCAGGAGGACACACGUGUGAAUUUAUUGUGACUGAAAGAGGAAUAUCCUUCAUAGGAUUAUAGUAAUACCAUUACUGUAAGCUGUAGCUAUUGCAAUACAGUUGCAUUUUUGAGGAAACUUGACAUAUUUGUUGCAUUCACAUUGUAAUGAUGAUGACACACCAAGUUAAAAAAUGUUAAAAACAUUCCUAUUUCUAGGAAAAGGAAGUGAUUUUAUUUUUUGUUACUGAAUGUUUAUGUUGGUGGUUUAGACUUCCUCAAAACAUUGUAGGGACCAAUAUUUCAUUGUUGUUAACUUGUAUCUUGCAAGUGGGCAUUGACCCAAUUAAUAACCAGUUCUGUAUCAAACAGUACCGGUAUGUAAUCUGAAAAAAAAUGACAUUAAAACAGCGAU